UACCGUACCAAAGAAGAUGUCCAUAAUCCGCGUGCGCACACACACAAAGAGCAUCGGUAGGUAAAAGGUGGCUGAAAUUCAUUAAAACUAGCAAUUCCCCUCUUAUAUAUAUAUUAGUUAGAAGAACUGAUCAACAUAUAGCCACAGAAAAUCUUCUCCUUCCCCUAUCAUGCAUGUCCUCUUCUGUUCCGACUCCCGUAGGACACUUCAAAAUCAAACUAACACCUGCACAACUUCGACCGAAGAAAAUCCGACUUCAAAGGCGCACAUACACACAAACAAACACCCUCCUAGUGCGGCUAGUGCGGCUGCACUCGCUUCAACUGCCACGCCAAUGGUGAGGAAGCUGCCGCUAAGCUCCGUCCUCUACACCAUCAACUCGGCCAGGGACAUCCCACCCUCGUCGCCUCCCCCUCCGGCGGCCACUCCACCGGCAUGGAUGUGGCCUUCUUGCAAGCACCCUAGAGCUCAUUCCUUCCGUUCACCGUCCGCCGCCUCGGCAGCCGCAGCGGCCAAGACCAUCGCGUCGAUCUUCCUCGACUCCGGCGAGUCCUCCUUCGCCAACUCAUCCGCGCGCAUGCACCACGACUGCGCCUCCGACAGCCUCUCCACCGAGUCCGACGUCUCCGCCACGGCCGAGGACAUGGCCGACGCCAUAGUCCGCGGGCUCCGCUCCGACCGCCUCCUCUUCGAGCCCCGCGCGCCCUCCAGCUCCAUCCUCGAUAAGAAGCCCGUGCGCCGCGCCGCAGGCGGCGGCGACGACGACGACGACGGCGCGGCGUCGUUCGGCGGCGGCGUCGCGGUGGCGUUCGACUCGGAGGAUCCGUACGAGGACUUCCGGGCGUCCAUGGCGGAGAUGCUGGCCGCGCACGGCGUGGGCGACUGGGGCUGGCUGGAGGCCAUGCUAGGGUGGUACCUCCGCGCCAACGGCAAGGAGACGCACGCCGCCAUCGUCGCGGCGUUCGUCGACCUUGUCGUCUCCACGGCGGCAAGGGGCUCCAGCUCCUCCCGCCACUCGUCGUUCACUCUCGCCGGGACCGACCUGGAGAGCAGCAGCGCCGGCGGCGGCGCCGCCGGCCAUAUCUCUUUCAGGCUAAGGUAAAAUAACUAAAGCUAGCCCCGAGACAAUGCGGGCUGGCUACCUACGUGUGUGUGUGCGCGUGUUAAUUAAUUCCGUUUGUCUUUGUGCUAAACUGUAGUAGCACUUUCCAAUUGAAUGACGAAGUAGCUAGCUAGCCUCCGGUUAAUCAUGGAUCAAUGCCAGAUUACCGAUAAUGCACAUGACUCCUCCUACCCGUCGUGUAUCAAGCUUGCAUGAGUGGAAGUAAUCAAGUAAACUGUAAUAUUGAGUGUAAGUGUGUAACUAAGUUUGUACCCA